CAAACCCCCAUGACCGGUAACCGACACAUCUGAUUCUUUUGCUCAACUCUAUCUCAAUCACUUCUUCUGUUCCUUCUCUUGACUUCUCCUGUUCUCAAAUUAAGCUCAAAUUAUUUUCGUAUUCGUCGCCAAUGCCGCAGAAAGCAUGAAGUCGUGAUUGAUUGGCAGGGUAUCAAAUCGUUCGAGUGGAGGAUAUCAUGAGGUCUUGGAGACUUGUGAUUCGAUGGCUCCAACUGAUUGUGCUGGUACCGGAUGUUCAAGUACUCAAUUCACCAGUGGAAGGUCGUUGUGUCCGUUUUCAUCCACCGACAUAAUACCGAGAUCUCGAUACCAGGAACAGUUGUUUGUUUUCGCACAAUCAAGGCGUGCGGGGAAAAUUUGAGUAGGAAGUGUCAAAAGAAGGUUCGACGGCUCAGGACUGUGGCCAUCAGGACCAAAAUACAUCGAGUCAGCGGUCCAGCUUUCAAAUUCCUCGUCCUUGCAUUCCCACAGUACCCAUCGACAUUCCUUAUCUCGUUCCUAGUUCAGGGAGGUCGGAUGCGGUUUGGACCUACUCGCCGGGCGAUUCUACCUCCUCCUCUGUGUCCCUCUAGCCACGCCACAACUCAUUAAUAGGGACUGGCCCAGGGCUGCAUUGGCAUUGGACAGUUGGGCAGCGGUAUCGGGGCUUCCUACCUUCUUGAUGCGAGCUGUCUCUACCGUACAGCUAGCAGCGGGACAGUGGAGUCCGUUCAUAUGUUUCGUCUCAUGACUUUGGCGCUCGGGUUCGAUCGCUCUCAAGCUUCAGCGGGCCUCACGACCUAUCCGAUGGGAUUGUCGUUCGCGAUCGAAAUGCUGCCCAGGAGUGUAGGCAGGUCCCAUCUGUUUCGAUCUGUUCUUUUGGCCAUGGUUUUCGGGACGUGUAUCGCGUGAUAGCACGCAAUUCUACUAUAAUCAGCCACAGACCCACUCUCCAAGGCUUCCUCAUGAUAUUCUUCUUGGCGCCUUAUCACGUUCCGUGAAACGCAUGGUGAUAAGGGACAAUGUGGCGUAAUUCUUACAUUCUCUCUCCACAUUUACGACGUAGAUCCGCGCGGGAAAGCCACCAACACCAAGCCCUUUAAAGCGCCAAAGAAGGGCAAAGGAUUAGGUUUGAAGCCUUUGCCAAGCUGCUUCUUGGAGGCCCUCCCUUUCGAUAACCUUCCAUGGCUCUUCCGACGCUUCGCAACGAUGCCAAGCUGCCUCCUUACGAUGAGAAGGACGGAUCAAGCCCAGUUGGCUCUCUAGUCGACGAGAAAGCACUCCCUCCAAACGAUGGAAUCCUCGGCAUCGAUACUGAGGUGGAGGAAGUGUAUACUGAAGGGCCACGGCUUAUCGACUUGGGUGAAAAUGGGAAAGAGAGGCCUAUCGACUCCGACUCCGACUAUGCCCUACGUCUUGUUUCUCUUGAUGACGACCCUACGCUUCCGAUAUACACAUUCAGAACUUGGUUCUUGGGACUUGGCCUGGCGUGCUUCGGCGCUGUGCUUGGGCAGAUCUUCUACUUCCGCCCCCAAACGAUCGAUGUCAGCGUCCUUUUCAUCCAGAUUCUCUCUUACCUCCUCGGAAAAGUUCUAGAAGAAGUUGUCCCCGGCCCGAAUCCCUCGGCUCGCUUCCAGACUUCAGACAACCGGUUUUGGAGAUUUUUGAACCCCUCGCCAUUCAACAUCAAGGAACAUGUCGCCAUCACAAUCAUGUCUUCCACGGCCGCCUAUGCGGCAAAGUCUAUUAGUAUUUUUGCAGCUCAGGAUCUCUACUACAAUGUUCGACCUAAUGCGGCUGUUCCGAUUUUCACCUUGAUUUCCACCCAGUUAAUCGGGUAUGGCAUGGCUGGUGUCUUGCGCAAGUUCUUGGUGUACCCUACCUUCGCUGUGUACCCGCAAACUAUGCCUACGGUGCAGCUUUUCGAUGCUCUUCAUCGAGGUAACUCUGUGUUGGCUCAAAAGAAACGAGUCAGGUUCUUCUGGAUUCUUUUCAUCGGCAUCUUCAUUUGGGAAUGGUUCCCCGAAUACAUUGCCCCAACCUUGACCGGUAUAAGCAUUUUCUGCUUAGCAAACCAAAAUUCUGCUUGGUUCACUCGGAUUUUCGGUGGUGCCGCUGGUAACGAAGGUCUUGGAAUGUUUUCACUCUGUUUCGAUUGGGUAUAUGUGGGGGCAGGUGGUUCCUCGAUAGGUUCUCUUUUCACGCCACUGUCAACUCAACUCUCUUUGUACGCCGGAUGUGCCGUUUGCAUCAUCGCAUUCUGUGCUACUUACGCGUCGAAUACCUGGAACGCUCAAAACUUCCCAUUCUUGUCUCAAUUACUCUUCUUCGAGAAUGGAACGGAAUACGACCAGCUCGCGAUCUUGACCGACAAGUUUGAGCUUGACUACGAAAAGCUCGAGAAAGUUGGCCUUCCUUGGUAUGCAUCCUCCCAACUGCUCUUCAAAAUCAGUCGGACGAUGUACAUCGGCGCCGCUAUAACCCACUUCCUCAUCUGGUUCGGUCCGCGGAUGUGGGAGAUCCUUAGGAAUCGUUCUGAAUGCACCGACGUUCAUUACCAGAAGAUAAAGAUCUACAAAGAGGUCUCGAACUGGGUCUACUUUGGCCUUUUCAUUGUUUGCGCUGCGGUUGGAAUUGGUACAUCUUACGCCGCCGACUCGGGACUCCCAGCAUGGGCCCUGAUAGUCGCGCUCUUGUUUGCUUGGCUCUUUGUGCCUAUUGUGGGAACGUUGAACGCCGUUGUUGGAUACGCUCCAAGUGUCGAGGUCAUGAUUCAGAUGAUCGGAGGAGCCUUAGUACCCGGGAAGCCGGUCGCCAACAUGUACUUUAGUGCCUAUGGAUACACUCCGGUCGUCCAGUCAUAUAGGCUCUUCCAAGACCUCAAGAUCGGCCAAUACACAAAACUUCCUCCACGCACUACGUUCAUUGUGCAGAUAAUUGGGACGGUUGUGGGAGGUCUCCUGAAUUUCAUCAUCAUGACUACUAUCAUAUCGAGUCAGCGUGAAAUCCUUAGGGACGUUCAAGGUUCCAACGUCUGGUCUGGACAGCAAGUUCAAUCCUUCAACAGUGCUGCCAUCGCAUGGGGUGCUCUCGGCAAGCCGUUGUACGCUACCGGAACUCGCUAUGGAUUCGUCCCAUACAUGCUUCUCGUUGGCCUUUUAUUCCCGAUUCCCUUCUAUAUCGCCCAUAGAUUGUGGCCAAAGGUUGGAUUUAACCUCGUGUUCACCCCCGUUCUGGUGGCCGAGUUGGGUUUCCUCGCUGUUGGAAUCAACUCGAGUGUCUUCACGUCGUUCUGUCUUGCUGUCUUCUCACAGUACUACUUGCGGAAGUACCGCGCUACUUGGUUCCGAAAGUACAACUUCUUGAUGAGUGCCGCGUUGGAUGGUGGAACCUCUGUCAUGGUUUUCAUAUACACUUUCGCUGUGGGUGGAGGUGAUGGAACGGUUCGGCCAUUCCCUAUAUGGGCUCUGAACCCCAAGGGGAAUCCAGACUACUGUAAACGGAUAACCCACUGAUGUUGCGGAUCUGUCAUUUCUUCUCUGGAGUCCCUUUUCAAGUUUCUCUUAUGUAUGUUCCGCCGUACGGAGCACGAGUAUUGUACACUUCCCUCCUCUACUUACGUGCGAGGGUUAUGCACAAUUAUUCGAUAGGAUUCUCUUGUAGAUUAGUGAGGUUAAUAAGUAUAAUGGGUCAUAUGCGGUUGUACGAA